UUUAACCAAGAGAGGAGCGAAGGCCAUGACAGAAGUAACGUACCAUACACUAGAGGCUGGUAACGAUGAAGAGCUUCAUGCGUUGAAGACCAUGAUUAGCGAUGAUCUUUCGGAGCCUUAUUCCAUCUAUGUGUAUCACUUCUUCCUCUCACAAUGGCCAGAGCUCUGCAACAUUGCAAAGUUGAAUGGUGAGACGAUUGGUGUAAUCAUCUGUAAGAUAGAACCACAUCGAGACGUCAGAUCGAGAGGGUAUAUAGGGAUGCUCGCUGUUAAGAAGGAACAUAGGGGGCACGGAAUUGCAAAGAAACUGGUGCGUAUUUCCAUAGAGAAGAUGAUCAAGGCCGGGUGUGAUGAGAUCAUGUUGGAGACGGAGGUGGUUAACAAACCGGCAAUUGCUCUCUAUGAGCAUAUGGGAUUCAUAAGGAGCAAAAGACUCUAUAGAUAUUAUCUUAACCAGCACGACGCAUUCAGAUUGAUACUGCCAAUCACUUCAAAGUCAACGGUACGGUCUGUAUACUUACAACAUUCGGAUCAACUUGCUACAUAGUUUUCAUUAUAACGAAGGCCCUUUUUCUCCAGUUUAUAGGGAAUUAAUAGUAUACAUAGUAUCUCCCCUUG